CUCAAGUCCAGAAGCAGCCUGGCAGGCAACUGAAGGCCAAUGAAGAGCCCAGCCUCUGCCCACAUGUGGAGCAUUGUGCUGGUCUUGCCCUCACUACUGGCUGUGCUUCAGACCACCACUGCCACGAAGAAUGGCAUCGACAUCUACAGCCUGACGGUGGACUCCCGGGUGUCCUCCCGAUUUGCCCAUACUGUUGUUACCAGCCGGGUGGUCAACAGAGCUAGUGAUGCUCAGGAAGCUACCUUCCAAAUCGAGCUGCCCAGGAAAGCCUUCAUCACCAACUUCUCCAUGGUCAUCAAUGGCGAGACCUACCCAGGGAUUGUCCAAGACAAGGCUGCAGCCCAGGAGCAGUACAGUGCAGCAGUGGCCCGGGGAGAGAGCGCUGGCCUCGUCAAGACCACGGGGAGACAGACAGAGCAGUUCCAAGUGUCAGUCACUGUGGCUCCCAAUGCCAAGAUUACUUUCCAGCUGGUAUACCAGGAACUGCUCAGGCGGCAACUGGGAACGUACGAGCUGCUCCUCAAAGUAAAGCCGCAGCAGCUGGUCAAGCACCUUCAGAUGGACAUCCACAUCUUCGAGCCUCAGGGUAUCAGCUUCUUGGAGACAGAGAGCACCUUCAUGACCCAGGAGCUGGCAGAAGCCCUUACCACCUCACAGAACAAGACCAAGGCACAUAUCCGGUUCAAGCCAACACUCUCCCAGCAGCAAAUCUCUCAACAUGAGCAGGACACAAUCCUGGAUGGGAACUUCAUUGUCCGCUAUGAUGUGAACCGGUCUGUCUCUGGGGGCUCCAUUCAGAUUGAGAACGGCUACUUCGUGCACCACUUUGCCCCCGAGGACCUUCCUACAAUGCCCAAGAAUGUGGUCUUUGUCAUUGAUAAAAGUGGAUCGAUGUCAGGCAAGAAAAUCCAGCAGACUCGAGAAGCCCUAAUCAAGAUCUUGAAUGACCUCAGCCCCAAAGACCAGUUCAACCUCAUUGUAUUCAAUGAGGAAAUAACCCAAUGGAUGCCAUCCCUGUUGGAAGCCUCAAAAGAGAACUUGAAGGAGGCCACAAGCUAUGCUUCCAAGAUCAACGCUCAGGGAGGGACCAACAUCAAUGACGCGAUGCUGAUGGCUGUGAAGCUGCUGGACACCAGCAACCAGGCUGAGCUACUGCCCUCGGGGAGUGUCUCCCUUAUCAUCCUGCUCACGGACGGGGAACCCACCGCCGGGGAGACGAAUCCUGAAACUAUCCAGAAGAACGUUCACGAAGCUGUCGACAACAAGUACAGUGUCUUCUGCUUGGGCUUCGGGUUUGAUGUCCACUAUCCUUUCCUGGAGAAGCUGGCACAGGACAACGGCGGCCUGGCCCGGCGCAUCUAUGAGGAUUCCGACUCUGCCCUGCAGCUCCAGGACUUCUACCACGAAGUGGCCAACCCGCUGCUAUUGGCAGUGGCCUUUGAAUACCCCAGGGACGCUGUGGAGGUGGUCACGCAGGACAACUUCCGGCACCACUUUAAGGGCUCAGAGAUGGUGGUGGCUGGGAAGCUCCAGGACCAGGGCCCUGAUGUCCUCUCAGCCAAAAUCACUGGGCAGAUGCAUAUGCAGAACAUCACUUUCCAAACGGAGGCCAGCGUAGCCCAAAAGGAGGAGGAGUUCCAGAGCCCCAGAUACAUCUUUCACAACUUCAUGGAGAGACUCUGGGCAUUACUGACCAUAAACCAACAGCUGGAGAAGAUGGUUUCAGCAUCAGGUGAUGAGUUAAAGGCCCUUGAGUCCCAAGCUCUGAAUCUGUCACUCACAUACAAUUUUGUCACCCCUCUUACACAUAUGGUGGUCACCAAACCUGAAGGCCAAGAACAAUUUCAAGUUGCUGAGAAGCCUGUGGAAGCCGAUAAUAGAGGAAGGCAUGUCUUCUUAGGAGGUAGACAUUUUCGCAAGUCUUCUAGCAGAAGACCCGCAAGGCUCAGACCGACAGGAACUAGGGUCCACGCCUAUCCCAGCCUGGGUGGUGCUACAUUUAUAAAACACCUUUCUCCUGGACUUCGUGGACCCCCUGGACCCCCUGGUGAAUCUCAUCUCCUCUCUGCUAGCUUUGAUAGCUUUGAUUCCAGACAGCAUCUUCUCGUGGGAAGGACACCAGACCUGCCAUCCUUAUCAACCAAAGUUCCCGUGGUUUCAAGUCAAGCUGUGUUACGAGGCAUGAAGAAAGAAGAAAGCACCACACCAGAUGAAGCCCCACAGCCAGCCCACUUGCAGGCUCCCGCCAUCGUCUUACCGCUUCCUGGAUCCAGUGUGGACCAGCUCUGUGUGGAUAUCACACGUUCUCAGGUGCCCAUGAAGCUGUUCAUAGACCCUGAUCAAGGGCUUAUGGUAGACGGUGUAUAUGAGAACGGCAGUUUCUCAUGGAUCAGCGUGCGCAUCCAGGAGCCUCCCCUGCUUGUGGAGGCAACCCCCAAACGCUUGGUGGUGACUCGAGACCGAAAAAACACCGCGUACAAGUGGAAGCAGACGCUGUACUCUGCGUUACCUGGCUUGAAGAUAACCAUGGACAAGAAGGGUCUCCUGCAGCUCAGUGGCCCAGACAGAGUAAACAUUGCCCUCUUGCCUGUGGAGGACCCUCACGAUGGACUGAUACUCCUUGUGAAUGACACUCAACACUUCUCCAACGGCAUUGAUGGGGAACUCGGUCGGUUUUACCAGACUAUCAGCUGGGAUCCACCAGGUGGACCAGAUAACACGAUACGGACACUCAGAGUUCAGGGAACAGAGUACUCUGCUACUAGGCAGUUCAAGUUGAAAUACCCAGAAACAGAGAUUUCCUGCUGGACCGUGAAGAUCUAGCUGCUAGGAGCAGUGUUCCCUGGCACACUGUAUUUGUAUGCAGAUGGGUGACUCUGUAUGCCUGCAGGGCCACCAGGAAGGCCUAGAUCUUAAUGGAGAAGAGAAUUCUCAUUUGUUACAAAUAAAUCAGGGUGAUGUGAA